AUGUGUAACACACCUUAUUUUAUUCCUAGAUAUGCCUACUCCAAACCGGUCAUCCUUAAAGGUUUCUCAUACAAUACGAAAUUCCAGUUCUUGUGCUCCAAGUCCAGCCUGCUCCAGGAGUAUGGAGAGAGGAUGGUGAGGCUCAGCACUGCCAACACCUACUCUUACAGGAAAGUGGAUGUCCGAUUUGAGGAGUUUGUGGACUUGCUGCUGAGGCCUCAGUCUUUAGACACACUGGGCAGUGACACUCUGUAUUUCUUCGGGGACAACAACUUCACUGAGUGGCGCUCUCUGUUUGAGAACUACAAGGCACCACGCUACAUGCUGCCUCACACCACGAGGGCCUACAGCUUCGGUAUCGCAGGCCCAGGAACAGGUGUACCCUUCCAUUGGCAUGGACCUGGCUACUCUGAGGUCAUCUAUGGCAGGAAGCGCUGGUUCCUGUACCCCCCGGAGAAGGCGCCCCAUUUCCACCCCAACUACACCACCCUAUCCUGGGUCAAAGACACAUACCCUUACCUGACUGAGGAGGAGAAGCCCACAGAGUGCACCAUCCGUCCAGGAGAGGUGCUGUAUUUCCCUGACCGCUGGUGGCAUGCCACGCUCAAUUUGGACACCAGUGUCUUCAUCUCCACCUUCCUGGGCUGACCCCUGAUCCUGCAACAGACUAGAAGGUCAUAAGGGUCAUUGCCCAUGGACAAAAGCCGUGUUAGAAUACUUUCAACAUGCAUCAUUCCUUUUUCCCUCUGUGAGGUAAUCAGAUUUUUUGCACAUCCAGUCAUAUAGAAUACAAUACAACUUUAUAGUCCAUGUGUUAGUGAUCGACGGAAAUGUGUUUUGUGCUCUUCUCAACCCCCUCAGACAGCGCACAGUGAUUAGUGAUGGGGAGCAGGAAGGACGCACUUUCAGAAGUAUCAUGUAAACUGGGCUGAAACGGCACCCCACCACAACACUCCUGUCAACCCAAAACUGCAUUUCCUUA